AUGGCCGAAUACAGAACGAAUCCGCUCGCUGCUGGUGCUGCCUCCACGACUGCCGGCGCCAUUCUCGCGUCACCAGCUGCGAAGACGGGGACGUCACCAGCAAAGGGGACAUCCGCAGGCAUCGGAACGGACGACAACAGCAGCCUGUUCCAGUGCGGCUCCUGCAAACGCCAGUACAAGCGGCUGGACCACCUGGCACGACAUGUCCGAUCACACACCCAGUCCCGGCCGUAUCGCUGCCAAGUCUGCACCAAGGCCUUUGCCAGAGCUCUGACCAACACCGACAGUGACCUCUUGAAACGACAUGCCGCAGGCCAUGACCGCUCCGACUCGUCCUCCACGGCAGGCAGCAUACGCAGCAAUGGCGGCGCCGCAUCGUCUGCGCUGCGCGCCUCGAUCUCGGCCACCGUCUCGGCCAGCCGCGUCUCCCGUGCCUGCCAGGCCUGCUCGUCCAACCACCUGCGCUGCAGCGAGACCAAGCCAUGCCAGCGGUGCACGAGCAAGGGGCUGGUGUGCGUCUGGGACCGCGCUGCCGACAUGGUCGUCACGCCACCGGCCACAAUCGGGGGGGAUGGAGACGGCGAUGGGGCAACCAACGAUGGCGACGAUGGCGACGACGGCGACGAUGGCAGCAGUGGCGGCCACGACAUGACCGGUGCUUUGGAGGCGAGUCGCGUCACCAACAUGACCCAGGACAUGACUGCCCACGACAUGGACUUGAGCUUAGCGACGCCCAUGAUGCAGCCAAUGCAACAUGGAAUACAGCAUGGAAUACAGCAUGGACUGCAGCCGAUGCACGCGCAGACGCCUCUGCAUCCGCAGCCACACGUCGACGACCCUCCCGAGUCGUUUAUGCGCAUGCUCUCCGCGUUCGACUUUAGCUACAAGGGUGCCAGCGCAACCGCCGCGGCCACCGCCACCGCCACCAACAACGGCAUGGUACCGCUCGCCUUGCCGCCGGAUAAUACCAUGAUCAACCACAUGCCAGGGUACUGGACGCCCAUGGGCCUGGGCGCCUCUCUCGAGAUGGACGCGGCCGCGUCCGUCAACAAUGGCACACUUGAUCUCGGGUUCGACGAUCUCGACGACAUGGACUUUCGCUUUCUGGACGCCUACAACUCGCGCGUGCCGUUUGAGUUUGGUGUCAGUCCGACGGGCGACGGUCUGCACGUAGCGACGACAUCAACCCCCUGGCCGGGGUCGGUGCCCGGGGCGGGGCCUGAAUUCAUACCGACCACGUCGCCCCGCCUCGACAGCGACAGCGACAACAACAACAGCAGCAACAACAGCAGCAACAACAGCAGCAACAACAGCAGCAACAACAGCAACAACAACAGCAACACCUCCCAUCACAGCCACCUUACCUCGUCGUCUGCCAUCGGAACCGGCUCCGAGGCCUUCCAGCGCCACUACUGGCGCUUCCGUCCCAACGCCCAAGACCAUGGCGGUGCCGAAGAACACAACCUGUCCCUGCCGUCCACCACUGUUGUCAUGGACCACACGAGCCCCGACUCGCCGCUCGCCCAGCACAUGCACCCAAACUCCCACGCCGCUGCCCUGGCCGCCACCCACACCCGCCUCAACAACACCUCGCGCGACAAGAUCCUGACCGUCGUGACCUACAACUGCCGCCGUGAAAACGUAGCCCGUGUCGUCACGUCCUUUCCCACCGUCGAGCUGCUCGACACCCUCCUCCAGUUCUACCUCACGUCGCCCGUCGCCCAGGCCUCUGCCUGGCUGCACCUCCCCUCCUUCCACGACAACCCCAAUGACUGCCGCCCCGAGCUGCUGGCCGCCCUGGCCGCGGCCGGUGCGGUCCUGACCGCCGACUCCACCCUGUCCAAGCUGGGCUUUGCCAUCCAAGAGUGUCUGCGGAUUGCCGUCCCGCGCCAUUGGGAGCGCGACAAUUCGCUGACGCGUGAUCUCGAGCUGGCCCACGCGUACCUGCUAACGCUCGACAUCGGCCUCUGGAGCGGCCGCAGCCGCAAGGUCGAAAUCGCCGAAAGCUUCUUUCUUCCUCUGCUAACGAUGCGCCGACGCGACGGCAGCUUCGGACGCGCGCGGCCCGCGCAGCCCACAUCACCCGUGACCCCGGACGACGAAGGCGAGGCCUUGCACCAGAAAUGGAAGGCCUGGGUCCACCGCGAGGCGGUGACGCGCUUUGCCUUUCGCAUCCUGCAGCACGACACCAACACGUCCAUGGCGCUGUUGACGCCGCCGCUGGUGUCGUAUGCCGAGAUCUUGCUGGCGUUUCCGGCGGCCGAAGCGCUGUGGGGGGCCGAGACGGCCGAGCAGUGGAAGCAGCUCUACCUGCAGAGUGCGCGUGCGCGUGGACACGGCGCGGACGGCGGUGCAAGCAUGCCCGCGACGCUACCCGCGUUCCUCGAAGACCCCGAGGCGUUUCUGCAGGUCCACUGCGACCGCGUCGACAUGGGCGUCGUGUGCGCGACCUUCUUGUCCUGCGCCUGGGGGCUGACCUGGGAGUAUGUGCAGAUGCGCGUCCUGCAGCGCGAGAUGGCGACCACGUCGGCGUCGACGCUGUCCACGACCGCCUCUGCCUUUGCCGGCCGGCGGCGCGGGCACGCGCUGGUCAUGGGCGCCCGCCAGGACGAGAUCCUCCAGCUCAUCCAGUCCUUCCGCCAGGCCACGGCCAGCACCGUGCUCUCGUCGUCGCUGUCCGCGUCCGAUCCCACCCUCGGCAUGCGCACCGAGCUCGUCCUCAUGCACACCCACACCGUCCUCGAGCAGGUCCAGCUGUUUGCCGGCAUGGAGGGCCGCGACCAGGCCCGCGCCGUCCACCCCGUCAUUGUCGAGUGGGUCGCCUCCGAAGGCGCGCGCACCUCGCUGUGGCACGCCGGCCAGAUCCUGCGAGGGACCCGCCAGCUCCCCCGCGGCGUCGUGACCGGCCCCACCGCCGUCAUGGUCUACCACGCGGGGCUCACCCUCUGGAUCUACGGCGCCGUCGCGGCCAGUCUCCCGCCGGGCGUGGCCAACGACGACAGAGACGUCCUUCUCGACGGCGACGCCGCCGCCGCCGCCGCCGCCGGCGGCACGUCGUCGGCCCUCCAGCGCUUCUUUGUCCGCGGCCAAGGCCGGCCGUGCAUUUCCUCAGACACCGGCGAGGUUGUGCCGCUGUCACGCCCGGACAGCGUCAUGGCCGUCGUGGCCGGCCUCUUGCGCCACAACCACGGCGCGGGCGCACGGCCGCACAUGGUCGAGAGUCUGAUCCUGUUGCUGGACGAGAUCCAGCGGGCCUCGGCGACCGUGUAG